AUGUCAACCUUCGCCUCAGAGGCUGGCCCCAGAGACCAAAGGAUUGCGACAACGCGCCUCCCCAUGCUUUCACUUCCCUCUACCGUGCGUAACAAUGUUGUUGCUGGCCUAGGCGAGUUUGUCGGAACCUUUCUGUUCCUCUUUUUUUCAUUUUCCGGCACCCAGAUUGCCAACAGCGCCCCUGCGACGACUGAUGAAAUCAACGGAGUGGUACCCCCGAACGUCUCUGUCGUUUUUUUCAUCGCUCUUGUUUUCGGCUUGAGUCUCAUGGCCAACGUCUGGGCCUUCUAUCGCGUCACCGGCGGUCUCUUCAACCCUGUGGUCACCAUGGCCUUGUUCCUCGUGGGUGGCCUUGGCGCCGUCCGUAGUAUUGUCGUCAUUAUUGCUCAAUUCCUAGGUGGCAUCGCUGCUGCCGGCGUCGUGUCUGCCCUCUUUCCCGGCCCUAUGAAGGUCAACACUACCCUUGGUGGCGGCGCCAACACUGCCCAGGGUCUUUUCAUUGAGAUGUUUUUGACUGCCGAGCUUGUGUUCGUGGUCAUCAUGCUUGCUUCUGAGAAGCACAAGUCGACCUUCCUGGCUCCUGUCGGCAUCGGCAUCACUUUCUUCCUGUGCGAGCUGAUUGGUGUCUACUUCACCGGGGGCUCCCUCAACCCUGCUCGCUCCCUUGGUCCGGCUAUUGUCAACACCAGCUUCCCUAAGUACUUCUGGAUCUACUGGAUCGGUCCUAUCCUCGGCUCUCUCCUCGCUUGCGGCUUCUACGCCCUGCUCAAGUCCCUUCGCUGGAGGGAGUGCAACCCUGGCCAGGACUGGAAUGAAGUCGAGAAGCUCGAGGCCAAGAAGCAGCUUCAUGACAAGACCUAUUCCCAGUCCUCUGGCGACCAUGCUGUUGCUUGA